AUGCCGAGAAAGACUACCGGUCAACAACAAAGCCAGCAGUCCGGUGCCGGCCAUGGAAACAUGGGCCGAGACAAGAACCAAGACUUGACCAGUAUCGGUCCCUCUCUUGCCAGCAAGCAUGGCAUUCAAAAACGGGAGAGUGACUCUGGCAUGUCAAUCGUCGAUUCAAUGCAGCGCCGAAACUCGAAUGCCGAGAUCGGUCUUGUCAACACGUCUCACGGCCGCGGCCCCCAGAACCGCAUGGUUACCGGUGUCCUUACCAACGAGCUCGAAGCGAGGACAGACGAACCCGAUGGUAACCAGAUCAUCACGACUCCCCAGGCACCCUUGGACACACGUCAGGUCGCUAAGACAGCUGAGGCAGCCCCGCCAGACCGCAUCGCCGAGGCCGAGCGUCGCAUCGCUGAGGCCAGGCGUCGCAACCAGAGGAUUGAGGCAUAUUCAUCUCUCGGUAAGCCUCGCCGAAGCAGGGGAACCAGAACCCGAGGUGAUCCGCUGCCCCGCGUCACCGAGGUGGAUAGCGUGGCCGCGAUUCUCUGUGCUGGGUGUGGCAGCAACACCCAUACCCUGAAGGGCUGCAUCACCACCAUCAGUGGUGACAUUCGGGGAUGUGUCUUCUGCAAUAACAUGAGCCAUGCCACCGAUGCCUGCGGCCAGUUCAUGGAUCUCAGCAUGGGGCAAAGGGUCAAGUUACUUGUCACAGAUCGCGCUGGCAUGCCGCCAAUCCUCACUGAGGUGCCCUGGUGGGUUUGGCUGUACAAGUUCCUGACCACCCCACACACCAAGGGUCAGCCAAUUCCUGACGCAUUCCCCUGGCGGACGGAAUUCGCCCGCGAUAUCCAUGACGGCAAGCGGGGAUCCAAGUCUGUCCAGGAGUACCAGAGUGAUCUGGAUCGCUCCCACGACAUCCGCGUUCUGCCUCCGGAUGAGCGCAUACAGAUCAUGGACGACGUGUUCUCCAACUUCUGGGAUGUGGAGGGCAGGGUGUGGCCGGCUCGUCUGAAUGAAUUGCCGUCCUUGACCGAGGCUAACGCUGAAACGACCACCUCUGCCCAUGGAAAUAUCAAUGUAGAUGCACCAGCCACAGCGGAAGUAGAGAGAUACCGGGACACUAUUGUCAGACUAUCUAUGGAGCUUUGUGAAAAGGAUAAGGAGAUUGAAAGCUUGAAGAAAAGAUUAGCUUAA